CCAGAUUUAAAAAUCAUUAGUUUGCAUUGAAACUGAACUUUAAUUCUUAUUAAGUUAGGAAAAAUUUGGGAAAUACAAAGUUGCUGAGCUUGUAUUUUAGAAAGUGUUUCUGUAUUAUAUUUUGGACAAAGGAGCUGCUAACAUGAGUCAAAAUAGUACUCUUCAUCCCACCAUCAAAUGGGCACAAAGAGCUGAUACCGUCCUCCUAACAAUCGAACUGACGGACAUCAGAAAUGAAAAAUACACCCUGGAUGAAAAAGUGCUGAAAUUCUCAGGUGAUGGUGGCUCUGAGGGCAAACAGUACUGUGUGGAGUUGGAGCUGUUUGGAGAAGUUGAUCCUGAAGAGUCCAAACAGAAGAAGAGUGGUAGGGGACUAUUCCUGGUCAUUAAGAAGAAAGAGAGUGGGCCGUACUGGCCGCGACUAAUUGCUGCCAAAACCAAGCCUUUGUACAUUCAAACAGACUUUGGUAGAUGGAAGGAUGAGGACGAGAGUGGCUCUGAACCAGAAGAACCUGCUGGUGAAAAUAACGACCUGAGCAAAUUGAUGCAACAGAUGGGAGGAAUGGGCGGCAUGGGAGGUAUGGGAGGUAUGGGAGGCAUGCCUGGAAUGGGCGGCAUGGGAGGUAUGGGUGGACUCAGUGGACUAGGUGGAAUGGGAGGACCAGGAGGACCAGACCUGGGAAAUGUGGAUGAGCUUGAGAGUGACAGUGACAGUGAUGACCAGGACAUCCCUGACCUGGAGUCCUGACCCUGAUGUUGAUUGAUGAAUCGAGUGUUCCAUUUGUUUUGCAAAUAUUAAUUUACUGAACUGAAAAAUUCUCUUUUCUGUUGGUUUGUUGUGUUCUAAUGUGAUCAAUAUAAUAAUAAUUUA